CUUGUCCAUAAACUUUUCAAUCAUAUAGAGAAAGCCCGUCUAAAAUCUGCGUUGCAAUAUUUAUUACACGUUGUUAGAUUGUUGUCCAAGUCGCUAAUUCAGUUGUACGAUGUGUGUGUGUAUAUCCAUGUGGAGUUAUGUUGUGUUCUCAGGUUGUGGCACUGCUUGUGUUCCUCUUUCUGCGUAGAAACGAAGAUCACACACACACACACACACACGUACACACAAACCGGAUGCGCGGUUUUGGUUUUAACUCAACGGCAGUCAACCCGGAAAAAGCCAUGUCACUGCUAUCAUGUGCUAACGCUAACUCUUCGGGUCUUGCUCCAAAACUCGUCUUCUGUCCUCAGGACCAUGAUAUUCAGCUGCGCUCGCGACUUGUAACAGUGUAGCAAGAGGAUCCAGGACUAUACGGACCUGGGCACAACCAUUCUAUAGGACAUGCCUUACCUGGACAGACACAACCGCAUCUGUGGAUUCCUGGACAUAGAGGAAAAUGAGAACAGCUGCAAGUUUUAUCGGCGGUACUUCAUCCUGGACACGGCGCGUAACUCUCUCCUCUGGUACAUGGACAAUCCACAGAAUCUCCCAGAAGGUGCAGAUCCUGUUGGAAGUUUAAGGCUGAGUUACAUUUCAAAGAUCAGCGAAGUGUCUGCCAAACAGAAGCCGAAGACCGAGUUCUGCUUUGUGGUGAACGCUUUGUCUCGGCGGUACUUCCUGCAAGCUAACGAUGCUGUGGACUUAAAAGAGUGGGUCAUCGCUUUGAAUAACGCCACUAAAAUUACAGUUCCCAAAAACCCAUUACCGGUUACUCAGAGUGCAGAGCCCGGCCCUGUGACGAGCCACACUCAGCCAGUUGCUCGGCUGGCCUACAAAACUGAGAUCGUGGGAGGCGUGGUGGUCCAAACACCGGUCCAGCAGAACGAAUCUGACGACGUGUUUAUUAAUGAAGUGGCUCCACACGUGACUCUGAGAAGAUGCCAGAGUUUACGGCCCAACAUUCUGAGAUCAGGCUUCUGCGUCAAACAAGGGAACGUGAGAAAAAGCUGGAAAAGAAGAUUUUUUAUUUUAGACGACCAGACUGUGAGUUACUAUAAAAACGAAACGGAUAAAGACCCGUUACGCAGUAUUCGACUGAGGGACAUUCAGAAGGUUCACGAGUGCCUGGUAAAAUCAGGGGAACUGCUGUCCCGUGACAACCUUUUUGAGAUCAUCACAAACGCAAGAACCUUCUACAUUCAGGCAGAUACACCUGAAGAAAUGAACGGUUGGAUAAGGGACAUUUCAUCAAAAAUUCAAGAUUUUAGAGGACCACCGAAGUCUCUCCGACAGAGCUAUCGCUUCGGCUCCAGCCAGACAAAACCACCCCUGAUAAAGUCCUGCUCCACGGCGCAGUCCUGGCAGCCCUGGACCCCUGUCCCAAAGAAACCGACUCAUUCGGCUGACGAAGAUAUUAGAGAUAGCCCUUUCUCCUCGCUGCCCUCUCUCUCCGACGCACGGGAUGGCUCGGACUCCAGGAUACGCCAGAGACACCACUCUCAGCCUCAACAAUCCGCCACAGAACCACACUUCGUCAUGGACACGGACAUGCACAUCCGCACCUCUGAUGUCUGAAUCUGUUUUCUGCUAUCUCUGCUCACCAGCUCACUUUGUUGUAUUAUGUUAUCGUUAAUCUUUUAUUUGAGCUCUUUUUUUUCUUCUUCUUCUUCUUCUUCUUCCUCUCCAAAUGAAGGCCUUGGAAUUUCACCUACCAUGCAAAUGCUUUUAGAUAUAAAAUAAGUGGGAUAGGAAACAGUGAACAAGGCUGUGAGAUCCUCAUCGAUGGGACUGUACAGGGUAAAAUAUUUUUACGAAAGGUGCUGAAAGAAGGAGCCAUAUUUUUUUUCGUGUGUAAGCAGAAAAGAAAAAAAAAGUUAUAAGACAGUCUGUAUAGGCUUUUGUGAAUAUUGAGUAUUUUACAUUUAUGAGUGACCACAUACUUGUCUUUGCGCCACAAUUUAUGAUUUAUGGUAUACACUUGAAAGUAUUAUGGAUGUUGACAGGUUUGUUUGUUUUUUUUAUUGUACUUUUUAAGUGUGCAUAAAAUGCUGCUGCGCUAAAUAAUUGAAAUAAAAUAUGAAUUGGGAGAACUUUCCCUGUGCGUUUCGGACA